AUGGACCGGGCUCAUAGAGCGUUACGAGCUCCCAGCACCAAUAUGUCCACCCCCAGGGAUAUCAUCGUCAGACUACAUUUCUACCACAUUAAAGAACGCAUAAUGAAAGCAGCCCGUGAUAGCCCUGUGGAGGUGGAGGGGGUUCCGGUCCAGCUGUUCCAGGAUCUGGCACCGACCACCCUAAAGCGCAGGAGAGACCUGCGCCCACUCACACAACACCUUACCCGACAUGGCCUCCGGUAUGCCUGGGGUCACCCCUUCAAGAUCAUCAUCCGCAAAGAUGGCAGGUUCUAUUCCCUCACGAAGCCGGAGGAAAUUCCCACGCUCCUGGACCAGCUGGACCUGCCACAGAUACCCACUACAGCGCACCCCAGCACCGACCAGGCUCCACAACGACCGCCGAGCAGCAAUUUACCCACCAGGACCGGUGACCGCUUGCACAGGAACGCGACACCACGUCAGCUGGAUGCUACACCGCACUAA